UUAAUAACAACACUUCAUUAAUUUCUUAAAUACAAUUUUAUUACAUAGGGAGAGAGAGAGAGAGAGAGAAAGAGGUGGGAUGAAGUCAACUGCCAACUGAAGGUGGUGAAGAAGUUGCGUAUGAUGGAGAUUUUGUGAGAGAAAUACCGAAAACCCUGAUCAGAAUGAUGUUUAGAAUAAUGAAAUUAACUUUACCGCCUUUCUUUCACCUGUCACCUUCCUAUUCUUCCUCAUUCUUCAAGUAAACUACAUCUCCAUCCAUGCUCUGCGUUACGCGUAUGUGUGUAGAUUGUAUGUAGAUAUACUGAGAUUGUGUGGGUUUGUAAUUUUCUUGGCUUUCGCGUUUUGCUGUUGAAGACUAAUUAGAGAUUGAUGGAUCAAGAACUGAGAGAGAUCAAUGAAACAGCGGCCCGAUUUAGUCCCGGUGAUGUUUCAAGAAAUUCCGAUACUGCAGCAAUUGCAGUAGGUGCCACCGAGAUCGCAGAAUCAAAUGUAAAGUCAAAUGGGACGGCGGUGAAUACGGCAGUGAUAGAAGGUGAGGAGGCAAACAUGUAUGGGCAAGAUAAAUGUUCAUCUUGUGUCAUUGAUAUCGACUGCAACGAUUUUGUGCUGAGGGUGUGUAGAAUUUGCCAUUUGAGUGCAAAGGAAAGUGGUAAAAAUUCACUGGAAUUGAUGGAGCUUGGUUGUGGAUGCAAAGGCGAGCUUGGAGUUGCGCAUUCGCUUUGCGCUGAGGCCUGGUUUAGGGUCAAGGGGAAUAGCUUAUGUGAAAUCUGUGGUGAGACGGCAAAAAACGUUACAGGUGUCAGUGAUAAUGGAUUCAUGGAAGAGUGGAAUGAGAACAGAUCUGCUGAGAGUGGUACGGGCUCACCAGACGGCAGCAGAAGGUGUGUGCGUGGACAGCCAUUGUGUAACUUCCUAAUGGCAUGCCUGGUUAUAGCAUUCGUCCUUCCAUGGUUUUUCCGUGUAAAUAUGUUUUGAUGAAGUAACUAAAUUCCCAAAACAAAACCUCAUUCUACUCCCUUCUGGUGAAGAACCAGUUUUUGACAGCUCUCAGCAUGUAACCCACCAUUUUUCCACUUUGUUUCCCGAAUUAAUUUCUGGUGUCAGCAUAGUCCUCUGUAUGUUACAGAUUGUCCUGUUGGUCGCGAAUUAUGUAUAUCAUGGCUGAUCGCCAUUUUCGAUCUUUCUGAAAAAUUCCUCAAAAAAGAGUUUUUUCUUUUUAA